AUGUUCAAACUCGUAAAUCAUCUUUCAUCACCAGCAUACAAGAAGCGAUCUCUCCAAUGCUUCACCAUCCUUGGUUGUUGUCAUCCGCAACAGCAACCCUUUUCAAUCAAUUUAUUCCACCACAAUAACAACCCAGAGUCAAGAACAAAAAUUCAUUUCCGAAAGGGAAUUAAGAUUGGAGAAAAAGCAACCUUGAAGAGACGCUUCUCAGCUCAAGAUGUGUCAGAUUUUGCCAGAUUAUCUGGCGAUUACAAUCCUUUACAUUUUGAUUCUGAAUUUGCAAAACAAAAUGGGCUUUUCAAAGAUAGAAUUGUGCACGGUGUGUUGGUGUCAUCUUUGUUAAGUAACUUGGCAGGCACAGUCAUGCCAGGUGCUGGCUCAAUAUACAUGUCUCAAGAAUUGAAAUUCUUAAGACCUGUUUACAUUGAUCAAGAAAUCGAAGCCUCAGUUGUGUUGAAAGAGGCCCAAAGCACAAGAAAAAGUGGAGACAAAAAAGUAAUAUUUGUGGUGGAAACGGAAAUUCGAUCUGUAGAUAACGGAGAUUUAUUAGUGUGUGGAAUUUCAAGAUUAUAUCACGCAAAUUUAGAGGUUAUCGAACAGUAA